AUGUUAAAGAAAAGAUUAAGAAAGGUGUCAAAUUCAGCGAUGGAUUUGGUGAAUUUGUCCAAGUAUACUUCUGUUCAAAAAAUAUUAUUUGGGGGUGGGGCAAUGUUGAUAUUGGGGUUUAUAUCAGGGUAUUGGAUAGCUUUAGUUUUAUUUAGUGUAUCGGUGGUGCUCGGAAAUUAUUUAAUUGCGUAUAUAUUGAAGAGAAACAUUCCAAUGAAGUCAGAUUAUUUGUUGUCAAUUGCACAUUCCAUUUCAAAUAUUGUGGAUCUUCUAAACUCCAAUUCAACGUUGUUGACGUUUCCUCGCAUCAAUAAUACUCAAAAUCGCAGCAUUAGCAAAGUUGACGAAGAACUGAAAAAAUUAAUUGAUCUCAUAAAUCGUGAUUUUAUCAAGUCCUGGUUCGAAGUUUUCAGCAACGAAGAGACGUUUUUAAACGAGAGCCAGGGUCUAUUUAUUGAAGCUAGUCACAAUCUGAAGCUGAGAAUUUCUCGACUAAGUUUGCUCAAAUGUGCCAAGUUAUUUAUAGAUUUAUAUCGGAAACAUCUUGCCUCAUAUCAGGUGUCGAAACUAACGUACAUGAGCCUGAAGGAACCAAAGAAACGUAGAGGGAGCCAAAGCACCUCGGAAACUAUUCUACGCACUUCUUCUAUUGAAGAAGCUUUUAAUCUGAAAUUCGGGUUUCAUUUUGCUUUAAAAAAUUCAGAAUCUGAAAGUGAAUUUAUUCAAAAUGUGAUAAAAACUAUUAUAUGUAAUCUUUUACCAGAAAAUUUUAUUUUUUGUCAAGGUGCUCAAAUACUCGUCAAUGAAAUUCUUUUUACUAAAGUUAUUUUAGUUUUAAUUAGUAAACUAAGCACUCCUGAUUUUUUAUAUUUGUGUCUUAUAAAACUCACUUCGGAACAUACUGAAUUAACCAAUAAAAACAACUCUAAAAAUGAGCAAAAGGGAGAGAACUCUAAUGUCGACCACAAGGGAGAUAACUUGAGAGAAGCAGAAAUGGAUCAGGAUGUGUUUCAAGACAUACAUGACGAGGAGACUGAGAACACCAACAUCAACCAAUCAGAUACCUCGAAACUCAACUCUGCUGAUGUGAAAACGGGUUGUGGGACGUCAGAUGAUUUUCAAAUCCCUUUAACUAUGAUUAAAAGUGGGACACCGUUGAUCAGGGUACAAGAUGUCGACAGUGAAGAAGGAGGAGGUAACUCUCUUGAUACGAAGAGCCUUUCCAAUGAAAUUUCAGAAUGCAAUGAUCAUGAACUUAAAAAUAUUGACAAAGAUUUCAAUUCCAGCACGGAGAUUUAUCAUGACGUCAAUGACAGUGACGAAAUGUCCUCAGAACAUGACGAUAAUGACGUCAACAAACGCCUGGAAAAUCUCAUCCGAAAAAGUCAAGAAAUUGAAGACAAAGGCACUUUUUAUCUGGAUGAAGAUUCAAAGUCUGAUAAUUCUAGUCUAGAGGGGUUAAUUAUUGAGAGCCCUGGGGUGGAAUUUAACCCCCUGAUUGAAAUGUCUGAUGGUAUUGAAGUUAUUGACAGUAGUCUAAUAUUUCAAGGUGUUUCUAUAGCUGAUACAGAAACUGUGGCUGAAUAUCGCAGCCAGAAUCAUUACACACUUUAUAUUGUUCAGUUUGAGGCGAUGUAUUUCUCUGACUCAGGGCCAGUAGUUAAAACAGGGAAAGUUAAAAGACGUUUUCGUGAAUUUGUUAAUUUAAAUUCUAGACUUGAAAGCAGUACAUAUUAUAAAAAUCUUCUCAAAGAUGUGAAAGGACCAAAAAGAUGGCAGAAUCUACCAUUUAAAAAUAUGGACAAGGAAAAUGUAGAAUAUAGAAGAAUUUUCCUGGAACAAUUUCUUAAGAGUUUAAUAGAAAUAGAAGCUAUUUGUAACGGACCAGAGUUACGAGAGUUUCUAGCCUACGAAGGAGAUUCUCAUAUUGCUUUUGUUAAAAAACCAGCUGAAAUCACAGUCCCAAGAAUUGAUAAGAUGUUAGCACGAACAGUGUCUGGUAUGUUUGACAAGAUAAAAUCACUUCCAGGUCUGUCUCAAGAUAUGAUUUCUGGAAUUGUUCGUAGAGAAAAUUCGGUUGAUAAAAAACUGAAUGAAAAUACACAAGAACUUGAUAAAAUAGAUGUAGAUGUUGAUACUCAGGAUUCCCCUUACCCAAACCAGCUAGACAAGUUUAUAUAUCAAAGAGGUUGUGGUACCACGGUAACCAGACAUCAGACGCCAGAAGGGGAGAAGAAAACAGCAGAAUUACGUCUUGACAUGUUAUCUAAGUUGCCACGGUUACCAUGUGAUGGUUCGGAGUCACCAGAUUCUCCUCUAGAGAAAGAAUUAUCAAUUGAAACUAAAAGUGAGCGCAAUUCACCAUUGUGUGAGAGUGUCCUCAAUCUGAUGGUACAGCUGGGAGAAGGUCACGAUUUAUGGAUCUGUCGACAGCGAGUGUUAACUGUCAUUAAAAUAUCACUUGGCCGUGCUAUUGACAGGUUUCUACAAGACCAGCUAGGUCGAGUAACCACAGAAGAUCAAUGGGAAUAUUACUUGUCUUUGAUACGAGAAAUAAUAUGGCCGAAUGGAAAACUAGCAGAUGAGUUUCCACCAAUUAAAACAGAACUUGAAAAAGAGGUUACAAAACAAAAAGCUAAGGAUUGUCUGCUGGAAUUUUUCCCAGGAUGGUUUAAACAGAUAGUAGGACUGGAUGAGAUGGAGCAUGGAGUAGACCAGAUCAUACAGUCUUUACAGCAUGAAAAACUCAAUAAACAGUUCCUAUUUCUCCUCAUAGAAACGUUAAUGGAAGAGAUUUUCCCAGAAAUCGACAGUGCUCAACUACAAUCCAGUAUUUUAUCAUCCUGA